ACUCGAGAUAGAGAAACAGAGAGAGAGAGGGAUGGGGUCAUCAACGUAUGGAACAAUGGAUGACUUCUUGAAGCAGUGCCAACAGUCGGGAGACGCAGCUUACACGGCCAUAAAAUCUCUGCUGGAGAAGCUCGAAGAUCCGUCCACUAGAGCUGAAGCUCGGAUCUUCCUUUCCAAUCUACAGAAGCGCUUCGAUACCGAGGCGGCUUCUGAGCAAUGCUUCCACACCUUCCAUUUCCGUAUCCACGACAUUCUUCUUGGUGGUUACCAAGGAUACCAGAGGAGGAAGAAAUUGACAAUGAUGGUGAUUCCAAGUAUUUUUGUCCCAGAGGACUGGUCCUUCACUUUUUAUGAAGGACUGAAUAGACAUCCUAACUCUAUAUUCAAGGACAAGACAGUCUCCGAACUUGGUUGUGGAAAUGGAUGGAUAUCCAUUGCACUGGCUGAGAAUUGGUCUCCGUUAAAGGUAUAUGGCCUUGAUAUAAACCCAAGAGCCGUAAAAGUUGCAAAAAUAAAUUUAUACUUAAAUGCUUUGGAUGAGAAUGGACAGCCUAUUUAUGAUGGAGAGAAGAAAACUUUGCUGGACAGAGUGGAGUUUCAUGAAUCUGAUCUGCUUUCUUACUGUAGAGAUCAUAACAUCGAACUGGAACGAAUUGUUGGUUGCAUACCUCAGAUUCUCAAUCCGAAUCCAGAGGCCAUGUCAAAGAUGAUUACAGAAAAUGCAAGCGAGGAAUUCUUAUAUUCAUUAAGUAACUAUUGUGCACUUCAGGGUUUUGUUGAGGACCAAUUUGGAUUAGGUCUAAUAGCUAGAGCUGUUGAGGAAGGAAUAGCUGUCAUCAAACCUCUGGGGAUCAUGAUCUUUAAUAUGGGAGGGCGUCCAGGACAAGGUGUGUGUAAACGCUUGUUUGAACGUCGUGGUUUCUGUGUGACGAAGCUUUGGCAGACUAAAGUUGUUCAGGCUUCUGAUACAGAUAUUUCAGCCUUGGUUGAAAUUGAGAAGAAUAGCCGUCAUCGUUUUGAGUUCUUCAUGGGGCUUGGUGGUGAUCAACCUAUUUGUGCCCGAACAGCCUGGGCCUAUGGGAAGGCUGGUGGCUGUAUCUCACAUGCUUUAUCAGUCUAUAGUUGUCAACUUCGUCAACCAAAUCAUGUGAAGGUAAUAUUUGACUUUAUAAAAAAUGGCUUCCAAGAGGUCAGCAAUCCAUUGGAUUUGACUUUUGACGAUGAUUCCGUUGCCGAUGAGAAGAUUCCCUUCCUAGCUUAUCUUGCCAGUGUGUUGAAAGAAAACUCAUUUCUCCCAUAUGAGCCUCCAGCUGGAAGCACCAGAUUUCGUAAUCUUAUUGCCGGGUUUAUGAAAACAUACCAUCAUAUUCCACUUAAUACUGACAAUGUUGUUGUAUUUCCAUCAAGGGCUGUGGCAAUUGAGAAUGCUCUUCGAUUGUUCUCACCGCGACUUGCCAUUGUUGAUGAACAUUUGACCAGGCAUCUACCGAAACUAUGGUUAACCUCUCUAGCAAUGGAGGCGGGAUGUGAUGUUGAGCCUUUGGAGGCUGCUGUUACAGUCAUUGAAGCCCCACGCCAAUCUGAUCUGAUGAUAGAGUUGAUAAAGAAGUUGAAACCACAGGUUGUGGUUACAGGGAUGGCUCAAUUUGAGGCAGUUACAAGUUCAGCUUUUGAGCACCUUUUAGAUACCACAAGGGAGAUCGGCUCUCUUCUUUUCUUGGACAUAUCUGAUCAAUUUGAGCUUUCUAGCCUCCCUGGUUCAAAUGGGGUACUGAAAUAUCUUGCAGGAAAUAUCCUGCCCUCACACGCGGCAAUUAUUUGUGGUCUAGUUAAAAAUCAGGUAUAUUCAGAUCUGGAAGUAGCUUUUGUCAUUUCAGAAGAGGAGUCCAUUUUUAAAGCAUUAUCGAAGACGGUGGAGUUGCUUGAAGGGCAUACCGCUUUAUUUAGCCAAUAUUACUAUGGUUGUCUUUUCUAUGAGCUUCUAUCCUUUAAGCUUGCUGAUCGUCAUCCACCUGCACAGAGAGAAUGUGAGAAGGCAAGGACUGUUGAGAUGAUUGGGUUCACAAGUUCUGCCAUCUGUGCUCUUAGUACUGGUGAGCUAUCCAUUAGUGAGUUACAGAACUCUUCAGUAAUUCACAUGGAUGUAGAUCAGAACUUCCUCCCGAUACCUGCACCUAUAAAAGCUGCCAUCUUUGAGAGUUUUGCAAGACAGAACUUGGCUGAGACAGAAAUUGAUGUGAAUAUUGGCAUUCGACAGUUUAUCAAGGGCAACUAUGGAUUCCCAACUGAUGGUACAGAAGUUAUAUAUGGAGAUUCCCCUCUGGCUCUUUUCAACAAGAUGGUACUUUGCUGCAUACAGGAAGGUGGAAUCUUGUGCUUUCCUGCUGGCUCAAAUGGAAAUUAUGUAUCUGCUGCCAAGUUUUUGAAUGCAAACAUUUUGGAUAUCCCAACCCAGUCUGAAGCAGGAUUUAAGCUCACAGAGAAGGUACUGAUAAGCUUCCUUGGAACGGUGAAGAAGCCUUGGGUUUAUCUUUCAGGUCCAACAGUCAAUCCAACAGGCUCGCUUUACAGCAAUGAAGAGAUGAGAGGAAUAUUAUCUGUCUGUGCCAAAUUUGGGGCAAGAGUUUUGAUUGAUGCUUCUUUCUCUGGAUUGGAAUUUCUCACUGAGGGUUGGAAUAUGUGGAAUUUAUGGGAUAGUUUGUCGAAGCUGAAUUACCAGUGCAACCCAUCUUUUUGUGUGUCAUUGCUCGGUGGACUAUCUUUUGAGAUGCUAACUGGAGGCCUUACAUUUGGGUUUCUGGUUCUAAAUCAGCCUCAUUUGAUUGAUGCAUUCUAUUCCUUCCCAGGAUUAAGCAAACCCCACAGCACCGUCAAGUAUGCUAUAAAAAGGUUGCUAGGUCUUAGAGAGCAGAAGACUGAGAAUCUAUUGGAGGCUAUUGUGGAGCAGAAAAGGAUUCUGAGUAGUAGAUUUAACUGCUUAAAGGAGGUGCUCCAAAGAUGUGGUUGGGAUGUGCUUCAAUGUUGCGGUGGUGUCUCUAUGGUAGCAAAACCAACAGCAUAUCUAGGUAAAACCUUGAAGCUUAACCAAUCGUCCAAUGAUGGAGGUGCCAACAAUAUUGCUGAUGCUUGUGAAUUAGAGCUCAACGACUCUAAUUUCAGGGAAGCCAUUCUCAGGGCCACUGGUUUAUGUAUCAACAGUGGUUCAUGGACUGGAAUCCCCAGUUACUGUCGGUUCACACUUGCAUUAGAAGACAAUGAAUUUGAAAAAGCUUUGGAAUGCAUAGUCAGAUUCAAGAAGGCUGUCCUUGGUGACUGAAAAACACUAUUAUUAUUAUGAUUUUUUUUGGGUCCAAUUUUGACAUCAUCACAGCUUAGGUAUCCAGAAAUAAGUAACUUAAAACUGCUGGAUUCAUCAUGGGUGGGAUGUUUUUCUUUUGCUAUGAAACAUGUUGCUUCUUCGGAAGUCUUUUUUAUUUUUGUCUGUUAGUAGACUUAAAUCUCUGGCAUAUACU